ACACGAGCUGAUACAACAUAUCGAAAAUUCUUUCUCUGAAUUCUGUCUCAAAAGACGUCAGUUUCAGUUUAGAACAGAUAUAUUUUGCAGAAAUUCAAAGAUCAAAAUCAUAAUGAUCAAAGAACUGAUUCUGAUUAUUGGUUGUAUGACUGUCGCUGAUGCGGUGUUGUGCAGAUUGUCAACUUGCUUGUCUUUUCAAUGCGGUACGACCACUUGUCCACCAGGGUACAGAGUGAAAAUCGGAGGAGGCUUUUGUGGGUGUUGCAACAAUUGUGUUAAAGCUCUAAGUGAAGGAGAGACUUGUAAUCCUAACAUCAAAUAUGGAGGAUACCCUGCCAAUAAAGGCGUCACAAACAGUGAACCAAUGUGUGAUUAUGGCCUUAAAUGUGAUCGCAGCACCAGUACAUGUGUAAAGAAGCACAACAGUAAGACUAAGGGCAACUGAGUGAACCCUGCAGCAAAAUAUAGAAGUCCAUUGUUUGUGUUUAUUAUUUAUCCACAAAUAUUAUCGAAUAACAAGAAGAGAUAUGGUGGUUUAUAUAUUAAUUAUUGUGUAAAAAGAAGGCAAAAAUAUAAAGAUACCGGCUCUAUAUCCAUAAAAAUGUAGAUUUUUAAAAUUAGCAAAUGUUUAAAAAUAAAAGAGCUCAUAUAUUACUGUGGUCUUCUCUAGCAUUAUCAUCCAAGAAUUUUAUGAUUUAUUUGAAACAAUUUUGUUAAAUUUUUUAUUCUAUUUUACAAAUGAAGAAGUUUAAUUAAAUUUUUAUUUGAUCUUGAGAUGAAUAAAGAUAUGAUUUAAAUCGUCAAAGCAUCCUCCUUCAAAACUGAAUAUGCUGUUACAAGUC